UGCUAAUUGUAUCAGGCGCUUGCGUAAUUCAAUGUUGUGAUCAUAACCGCAGCAAUAUGUCUGCCUCCAUGGUGCGGGCGACCGUCCGAGCGGUCAGCAAAAGAAAGCUAUUGCCUACAAGAGCCGCACUGACGCUGACUCCAGCAGCUGUGCACAAGAUCAGGUUUUUGCUGCAGAACAAGCCAGAAUAUAUCGGUUUGAAGGUUGGGGUGAGGACGCGCGGCUGUAACGGAAUGACGUACACACUGGACUACACCAAGGAAAAGGGGAACUCUGACGAGGAGGUGCUGCAGGACGGCGUGAGGGUGUUCAUCGAGAAGAAGGCCCAGCUGACCCUGCUGGGAACCGAGAUGGACUUUGUGGAGUCCAAGCUGUCCAGCGAAUUCAUCUUCAACAAUCCCAACAUAAAGGGCACCUGCGGCUGCGGGGAGAGCUUCAACAUCUGAGCAGCGCGGGGGGGGAGCCUCAGCCCCCCCCCUCCCCGGCACCGCCCCAAUGUUCUGAACCCUGUCCCAUCCGCGAAGGCCGAGAGACUGAAUGAUGACGAGGAAGUCGGGCAUGAGGAAUUCUCCAAGACGCGGCGGCGUUUCCUACCACUGCUCUUACUACAGACCACUCAAGCGCACACACACAGCCCGAGUAUGCAUACACAUGCUUAGAGGAAGGUUUUUAUUCAAUCUGUGUCGUCAAAACUAUCUCAACGUGUUGAUUUUAGGUUCAGUUACCACUGAUGUUAACAACUGCUUUUAAAAAAAAACUGUGAUCUGCAUAGAGAAAAAACUUAAAACGACCUCAGAAAGCAAGAUGUUUUUGUUUUGCUGCCAUUUUAAACACGCAACAUUAUUUUCAGAGAGUCAGAUUUAAGUUUUUGAAGCUUGAAUCCAUCCACCAAAAGUCUGUAGGCCAACCUCAGCUGUUUGAUAAACACUGUAAGACAAUGUGCUAUCAUGAAGCCAGCAGUAUGCAACAGUGGAAGAGCUUGAGUGUCUUGAAACUGCUUUAUUCAGUUGUAAAGUGUAUAUUUAUCUCUGUGUGUAAAUAUAAAGAAUGUAUAUCUCCCGUGAACCACGCAAGCGCACAAAACUAACAUAAGAGUCCAUGAGGUUUAUGUUUUCUCUUUUUUUAGCUUGAUCAAAGCCAGGACGUUGUUUGUACCGUGCAAUAUGUCAUAUGUGUACAUAUGAAAUAAUAAAUGGCUAAAUCCAUUAAAAUGA